AGACCGGGCCCGCACGCCAGCAGAGCAGACCCAAUCCGGCCGCUCUCUCGCCUCGCCUCGCGCGCGCACGAGCGGAAGCCAUGCCUCCCCUCUUCCUCCCGACCGCCCCGUCGCUAUCGCUAUCGCUCCACUGCGCCGCCGCCGCCUCCCGCCGUAGCACGCUCGUCGUGGCGUCCGCGGGGGCCAGGAGCUCUUCCUCCUCCGCCUCGUCUUCGUCUUCGGCGCCGUUCGACGCGGCCGCCUUCGAGGCCGAGCGCCACCGCCUCGACGCCGACGCGCGGGCUGGGAUGGCGGCCGCCGCCGCCGGAGCGGACCCGAUGGCGUGGAAGUGGCGGAUACGGAAGCGGGUGUGGGACGCGCUGGAGGCCGAGGGCGUCGCGCGCAACCCGCGCCCCGUCCACCACCGCAUCCCCAACUUCGACGGCGCCGCCGCCGCCGCCGACUCGCUGGGGCGGCUGGAAGUGUUUCAGAACGCACGGUGUGUCAAGGUCAAUCCUGACUCUCCUCAGAAGCAAGUUCGGUUCUUAACACUCUCUGGCGAUAAGAAACUGCUCACUCCACAACCACGGCUCAGGACGGGAUUUUUCUCAGUUCUAGAAUCUCAGAUGGUACCCACUGGAUGCAUUCCUGAAGCAUGCACUUCUGUUGGUGCAGCCAAAUAUGGAAGGCCAAUCGGUCUAGAUGAAAGGAUUAAGGUGGAUCUGAUUGUGAUUGGGUCUGUUGCAGUUGAUCCAAGUACAGGAGCACGACUAGGGAAGGGUGAGGGAUUUGCAGAGCUGGAAUAUGGGAUGCUCCGUUAUAUGGGAGCUAUAGACGAUUCAACCAUGAUAGUAACAACUGUGCAUGACAGGCAGUUAGUGGAUGACAUUCCAGUUGAGAAGCUGCUAAUUCAUGAUGUACCGGUUGACAUUAUCUGCACUCCAACUCAGGUCAUCUUAACAAAUACCACAAUCCCAAAGCCACAAGGGAUUUACUGGGAAAAAUUAUCUCCUGAAAAAUUGGGCCAAAUCCGAAUUCUAAGAGAGCUGAAGAGACGCAUAGAGCAAGAGACAGGAACAACACUUCCUUGUGGGCCUUCUGAGAAUCUACCGCCAACAGCUCAACGAAGAAGGAGAAGAGGACAGUAAAUUAGGUAUGUGUAUCAUAAAUGAUUCUACUGAAUACAAAUUUAUACUCCCUGUGAUCCAUAAAAAGUGUCGUCCACUUAGUACAAAAUUUGUACUAACUUAGUACAAAAUGGGCGACACUUUUUAUGGAUCGGAGGGAGUACAUACCUUUCUUUGGGUAAAUUUAGAUAUGUUAAGUAUUGCAUGGUUGAGGUUCAAACUUUGAGCUUAUACAAACGUGUUUAUCAUCCAAACAUCGAAUAGUUUUAUCUUUUAUACUGACUAGGCAACAACAAUAAUUAAGGCAUUUGUGGUUGUUUGCACGACCUGUUUGAUGGUCUUAGCAUGUAACAGAAAACAAAUCCUAGAUUCUCUGGAGUUCAGAAAUGGAAUUCACCUUGGUAGCGAAA